GCUUUUGAGGGAUACCAUCUAGUCAUAACCAUGCUAUCGCCGUUUAAACGAUGGAAUUUUGUGUUUACAUGUGCUGACGUCAUGCGCAAAGAAAUCAAAUGGCGAGGCGGCGACCUAAUUCAAGUGAUGCUCCAUUUGUCGGUGUUAGGGCCGUUUAAACGGCGAUAGCAUCGUAUUAAUCAUGAUCUAUUUAUAGAUUUAUCUUCCGUUAACUGAAUUCUCACGUCUUGGAAGAUAGAUCCGCGAAAUAAAGUUGUAAGAGACCACCUGACUCCAUGGCCAUAAAUUAGACAUUAAACUCACCUUUGAACUCGUGCUGAUUCUCCCUUUUACAAAAGUAGUGUUCCAAUCUGGAGGCAGAUAGAUGAAAUUGAUUGAGCCCACUAGUGUCAGUGGCAUUGAGCAACCAUCAACAUCUGUGUUACGGAGCCGCGAGGGAAGCUUUGAUAACCAGACCCACCUGUACGUUCCCCGUCACUAUGGCAACCAGAUUGGACUCAAAGGUUAAAUGUGAUGUGAUGAUCAGUUACCAGAAGAAUGACCUGGAAUUCACUCGCAAAUUGGCAGCAAAGUUUGAGGAACAAGGGUGGCGUGUUUGGUUUGCAGAUCCUGAUAUGGAACACCGCAUAAUGGUUAACCAGAAAGGGGAGGCAAUUCUGUCUUGCAAGGUGUUUGUGACGGUUAUCACAGAUACUUCGGCUCGAGACAUCCAGUGUCAGGAUGAGUUAGCACUGGCCUACAUUUCCAACUCCUCCAUAUUCCCAGUCAGUCUCAAGAAAUUCAGGGAUAUAGGGCCUACACUGGAUGGAGGAAUGAAGCUGAUGUUGGCUAAGAUCAACUGGACAUUCUUUUUCAAAGAGGAACUAUAUGAACAGAAUAUGCCCGCUUUAUUAAUUUCCAUGGGGAAGGUGAUUAAUGAAAAAGACGAAGCAGAGAUUGGGGAAUUUGAUGACAGCACAAUUCAGUUCCAUGGCAUGAAUAUAAAUGUCCAUGACAGGUUAAAUGUUGAUUCUGAUGAAGAUGAAGAUAAUGAGGAUGAAUCAUCUGAACCAGGAAAUAAAUCUCAAAAUGUCCGAAAGUCUGACGGUAGCAUGCUCAGCUAUGACUUUUGGGAUAGGGCCUUCGGUGACAAGUCCGAGGUGACAUGGGUAGACUUUAAAAAGAAAUUCGAAGUAGAAUACAAGGAGAAGAUUGCAAAGACUUACACAGAGGAGGAGUGGAAGCUGUUUGUAAAUCUCAUCUACAAAGAUAUCUUUAUGUUAAACAAGUCUCUUAAAAAAGCAACAUACAACCAGUUCUGUGAAGGAAAUCCUGAUGCUGACCCCCACAGGUUUUACCAUCGACUGGCACAGUACGCCAAAGGAUACCACGCCAUGAGAGAAGUCUUUAACAUGGACAGCACAUUGCGACUCAUCACUGUACAAAAGCUAGGAGAGUUUUGCUUCCCGGCAGUGAUUAGUGGACUGACAGAAAUGUUAAAAGAUGAAGAUCCAAACAUCAGGGCAAUCGCCACGAUAGCUUUGGCCAAGUCAGGGAGAGCACAGAAGAUCACUGUGGAGAAGAUUAUUGGAAUGUUGGAGGAUGAUGAUCGUCUGGUGAGAGAAAGUGCCUGCUUGGCUCUGGGUUAUUUGAAAGCAGGGGGAAAGAGUGAGCAAGCUGUAGCUGACCGAUGGAGGAAUGAUCCCAUUAAGUCUGUGAGAGAAGCAGCAGAACUUGCACUGAAGAGGAUGGGCGGAGAUCUGGCCAAAAAGUGCAUCCACAUCACUGAUAUUCUUUCCUCAGAGAUGCAGUUUUUAAAGACCCCCAUGUCUUAGUGGUAAAGCAAUGUGUAAAGACAAGGUGUAACCACUCCAUUUAAGCCAUUGUAAAUUCUAAUGUCUUGCAUAGUGUAAAAUGUGCUGUACAUUUCUGUAAAAGAUGCCUGUUACUAAUUAUAGAGACAGAGUUCAGAUAUAUAUUUUUACACCUUUUCAGAAUCUGUUAUAAGGCUGGAGACAUUUGAUUUCAUGUAAUUUUGAGGCAUUUCAUUUUUUGGGGUGCCAAAUCGUCUGAAAUCAUGAAGUAAAAAAAAAAUUUGUGACUAUAAUUGGUCAUGAUAUACUAGUAUACAAUUUCCCUUUCUUAAUCAUUUAGUUUUCCUGGAAGAAUAAUAGAAUCCUUCAUUAGUACGAGUGUGGGAUAGGGAAAUUCCACCGAGGGGACAAGAUUCACAGUCUAGGACGAGGCUUUGCCGAGUCCUAGACAGCGAAUCUUGUUCCAGAGAUGGAAUUUCCCUAUCCCACACGAGUAAAUAAUGAAGGAUUAUUUUUCUCACAUUUUACCUACAGUUUAGUGCAUAAAUUUGGGAGCUUUGAGAAAAUUCUAAAUUAUCAAAAUCCUCAUUUCAACUUCGAUGCAAAAAUUAAUUAGAUAGACAGAAAGAGCAUACCCGAAAAUGGUUUACACUGUAAGUGUAAACUAAAAAACCCAAGGUUGUCCAACAGAAAGCUAUACACAUUAAGAUUUAAAGAUAACAAAGCAAAAUAAUUUUAUUUCACCGUGUAACGUAAAUCUUCACCGUGUAACGUAAAUCAUAGAAAAUAUAUGACGUCACAAUCAAAUGACGUCACAGCAGUGUGAGACAGAAAAAUCUCACAUGGCUGUCUCACAUGGGUAAAGUCGAUCUCACACUGGUGAUAAUGUGAGAAAUGUAAAUGUCUUCUGGUUCACAUGUUUGUACGUUUUAUAUAAAUACACAUGUGUACACAGUAAGAAAUUUGCAAGCAUAUAAUUUCACCAGAUUUUUGACAGGUGCAUUUGAUAUAGAAAAGUGAUAGAAAAAGUGCAUAUAUGCCAAAAAAAAUCUCACAAUUUUCAAUUUAAUGCAUUGUUAACCACAAUGCACUUAAGGGUAACCUUUAUAAACAAACCUUUGUAAAAUUGGACAGCUUUACUAGCCAAAAUUAAUUUUUAUCCGCUAUCAUUUAAAUUGCAACUAUCCAAUGUCUCUAAUGCAUUCUGGCACCAAUCAAGCGAGAGUUGCAAGGAAUCACUUUAUGAUUUAAUCGUACAUACUAGUGUAUCUCGAAAUCUAUAAACCUGAAAAUUUAUCAAUUUCUUGUCAAAUGUAUAACUGCAGUUUGUUCUGUGAUAGAGGUACAUUCAGUGUUCUGUUGAACACUUGGGUGGGUACAAGAUGUAUACAUAUACUAUAGACUAGCUACAUGUAUGUUAAUACAGAUAAAAGUAAUGAAAGUGUAAAUUUUGUUUAAAUCAGCCAUUGGUAUACAUUAAACUGACCAUAUCAAGAAUAAUAUUUGAUUGAAUUAGCCCAUUAAAUUAAAUAUGAAAUUAUUUUUUAUUUCCUCUUCAGAGUGUACUUGUAAGUGAUAUUUUGAUCAAGGAAAAAGGGUGAUUAUCGAUUUUUGUUUGAGCUAUUUUAUUAUCAAAUACUGAUAGACUUACUAAUAUUGUGUGUCCCUGCAGUUUGGGUGGUUGCAUGAUGUCUGAUAAUUGGCCUUUAGGAAAUAUAUCAAGGCAGCGAUUAGCAUUUGUACCCACCGCUUAUGGUCGAUAGUAUGUUUUGCGUCUCACUAUGCGUAAGAGUUCCACAAAGGGAAAGAACUAUUGAGCAACUCGGAAAUUUGCGUAUUGGUUGUCGUCAUGCGUUAAUAAUUGAACAUUUUUAACUUCUUCUUGAUAACUACUAUUCCAAUUCUUUUCAAAUUUGGUAUGAAGCAUCCUUGGGACAAGGGACACAUAAAUUGUAAAUUUCAGGGCUCCUUCAACCCUGGGGCCUUAGGGGCGGGACAAAAACUGCCCAUAAUUGACCAGUUUUCAAAUAUCUUCUUUUCUAGAACUGCACAUGUGCAAGAAAAACUAAAUGCAUAAUGAUGUAGAGCAGGAAGGCCUCUACCGAAAUUGUAAAUUUUAUGAUCCCUGGGGUAGGGGUUUUGACCCCAUGGCAGGGGCAAACUUAGGACAUGUAUAUAGUGUUUAUGUGUAAAACACUUAAAUAACAUCUUCUUUAGUGCUAUUGAUACUAAAUUGAAACUAAAUUGAUAUUUAGAAGGAGAAGGUAGUCCUUUACCAAAAUUGUAAAUUGCAUGAUCCUAGGGGUAAGGGUUGGGUUUCAGAGUAGUGUCAAAAUUAUAAUAAUGAUUUGAAGGACUUCUUUAAGUUUGCUGAUACUGCAUAAAAUCUAAAUGCAUUAUUAGGAAUUGCAGAAAAGGAUGUACAAAAAAUGUUGAAUUUCACAACCCAGGGAUUUGACUCUUAGGAUGGGACCAGAUUAGUCAUAUUUUUUUAAUGUUGAUACACAUAUUAUAUUAUGUAAAGCCUUUCAUCAGUGUAUGCACUUUUGUGGGCAUUGUAGUUUUAAAAACACAUCUUGUUUUAUACUGUUGCUGAACAUUAGAAUUUAUUUUAGAUAUUCAGAAUAGGAAUUUUUUUUCUAGAUUUCAUAGCUCUUGGUAGUGAUACUUUUCACUAGUACUCAGGUGAAUGAUAAGGCCCGUGAGCCUCUUGUAUAUAUAUCAUACCCAAUGUCAAUGACUUUAUAUACUUGCCAUAAGUCAGGAUGGAAAUGUGUGAUCUUACUGACGUUCACACCAGGUUAAAGUCAUUGGCACAGACACAGAAAGAUAGUCACCAUUUACAUGUCUCAAUUAAGGAAUGGUCAAUUUUAUUUCCUGCCAUAAAAUGCUUAAGGUGCACUUACCCCUUUCUGUCGGUCAUUAUCAUUCCAUCUUUCUGAUUUACCUGAUCAAGACAUGGGGCAGUGGGAGUGACAGGUCGACAAGGGAUGCUUUACCCCCCCCCCCCCCUCCUAGACACCUGAUCCCACCUCUGGUAUGUCCAUGCACUCCUGGGAUCCAUGUUUACCCAACUCUUUAUUUUGUAUUACUUAUAGGAGUUAUGAGAUUGAUCACUCUUUGUUAUCUUCAACAAGUAAUUAGUAACUUAAUGAUUAAUUUCCAUGCACUUCUACAGUAAUUAAUAGUGUAUAUAAUUAAUUUUUCUUCACAACUGACUCUAGAAAAGAAGUACACUACAUGUACUAUGAUAUUCUAUUUUGGUUUCAUUUGCACUCUCUGUUAUUUUCAUAUUAUGAACUUUCAAAUAUUUGAAUGUCUGUAUUUGUAUCAUGCUGGCACCUCUAAUUUAUAUUAAUGUUUCUUGAUAUCGGUAUAUUUAGUAUGCACCAUCCUGUUUCCGUCCUUGCAUAAGAUAUGACAUGUCGGAUUUACAUGUAUCUUGGUGCUCUACUUAGACCAAUGGAAUGUUGAAUAUGACUACAUUUAUAUUUUCAUGUUAUGGUAUUGUAAAAUAAAUGUUGUGUGAUUGUAUUUGUUUUGUGAUGUAUCAUCAAUCAUUUUGGUAAUUUCAUUCCUAAUGCAUCAAUGUAAAUUUACACAUAUUUUACUUCUGAGUGUAAAUCUAAUGUAUGUAUAGUCAUAGGUUAUAACAUUUCUUCUUUAAAUGCUAUUUAAAAUAUUGACACAGCAAAAAGUCACUGUUCAUUCUAAUAUAGAAUAUGGUGCAAUCUUUGAGAAAUGAUGCAGUAUCUUAAUACAUGUAAUUUGCACAUGUGUAUCAAUUUUGCUAUGCAUUAAAAAUUCGAAUAUACAAUAAACAAUGAAUAUAACAAA